UUUUGUUUCAAUACAGUGGCUGGAGAUGUACUUCCCUCACAUCAGGUCAUGGAGUGUCAAAAAGUCCAGUCCCGAUGUUCAUGAUGGAGGCAUCUUCUUUCUGAGCCAGAAAGGAGUUCCUGUGGUGAAUCUACCUAAUGAUAUGAAGCGGCUAUGGGAACUGUAUCCACAGGCUUCAGGGACCGACCUGCCAGCAGUUGCCCCAGUUGCCCCCCUGCCAGCAGUUGCCCCUGCCAGCAGUUGCCAGCCGAGCUCUGCUGCAGGUUCUGAAGAGGGGGAUGAUGAGCAGCCUUCCUGCUCAGAUGCUGUGGGACAGGCAACUGGACAGCCACAGGCUCCGAAGAGGGACCACUCCCCUUCAUCCUCUUCGAUUGCAAGGAAGCGGAGGGCUAAGUCCACCUGGCUUAGUUUUCUUGACCUGUUUCCGGUGACACUUCAUGCCACGACACCCACAUGUGAGGAAAUUGUCGGCGGUGGAUUUGAUCGCGAAUCCUUCCGUUACUUUCACAACAAAUGGAGGACAGUCCAGCGGGAACAGCGCAUCCAAUAUAUCUUGGAUAAGUGCAAGUUCAGGAACCGCCCCUCAGAGGCCAGGGUAUACCAUCGGCUCCGUGCUGAGAACUGGUCGGCCAACUGUCCAAGCGCCAUGGAUGAGGUCAAGUCUUGGGUCCCCGUAAAGGACUACAUCAAGAGUCCAGACAUUAUCCGCCGUAUUCAGGAACAGUCUUGGAAAGGACUUUGCCUGAAAGACUUUGGGCCACCAAAGAACAAAGGGGUGAUUGCGACAAUGCCCUUUUCCAAGGGAGAGGUGGUCUGCGACUACCAUGGAGAGUACGUCACCCAAGAAGAAGGGAAUCGGAGAAUGCAACAGCUUUUCGACGAAGCCUGUUACGUCUUCUUCUUUGCGGGACGUGGGGAAAAGGUCUGCAUAGACGCCCAACAUUCUCCAUGCCAGUGUCACCCACACCAGGACACGUUUGGUCGUCGGAUGAACCAUUCAAGGAGAAGUCCAAAUGUGAAGCCACACGUGUUCAAACUCCCACUCACAGAGGGAACAAGAUGGCAUCCCAUUUUCCUCGCGCUAACGGACAUUCAGGUCAACGAGGAACUACUUUGGGACUACGGUGUUCUCAGUGACGAGUGAUUUGGAGGCGAAGCUGUUGGACUGGACUGGCUGAAUACUUGAAUUCCUGGACAACAACCUACCCCUCUGCCAUCUCAUACGAACUCACUGCACGCGGCACUUUACUUCACCCUGCACCACAACUCAUUCUGUACCUGUACUGUCGCCUAGUAGACUUCACACACACACACACUGUAGAUUAUUUGCACAUGUAUAUAGCACUGUGCAAUUGAAAUGUGUAUAUAGUGUAAGUUAUUGUGUGUAUUAAUUUAAUUGUGUAUUUUUAUAUCUUAUUUUAUUAUUCUACUAAGUUGCACUCAGGAUUUUCCUGUACAGGACAUACAGAGAAUUGAAAUUACGUUACUCUCCUUCCCAAUUUUACAGCAAGUACAGAUAAUAGAUAUAAUAAAGGAGAAUGGGAGACACUAUGUGUACAAUACAGCAGGGACACAAAUAGACAUACAUGAGACAAAAACAAGGUGCAGUAGUGUGGGGGAGAAAUAGAUAUAUAAAUAUAAGUAAAAA